UUCAUUGAUACAAUAAAUAAUAAACUGAUUGAAUUUGAUUAUUAGAGAUUGUACUUUGACGCUAGUAGUGUACAACGGUUCAUAUAAAGUAUAUAUAUAUAUAAUGAGAGUAUACAAAUGGAUGAGAAUGAAUGAAAGAAGCGAACAAACGUAAGCAUCAUCGAACAUAACCUCAACAUUUAUACGAUUGGUUAACUGUUUACAGCGUUUACGAAGAUGAAAUAAUUUUUGAACGUAAAUUUAUAUUUUUGUAUGUAUCAAAUUUUACUUUUAUCAAAAUGAGAUACGCGCAACUUGUUAUGGGACCUGCCGGUAGUGGAAAGUCUACGUAUUGUUCUACCAUGCAACAGCAUGCAGCGGAUGAGAGGAAAAUGAUUGAAGUAGUCAAUUUGGAUCCUGCAGCAGAAUAUUUUGAGUACGAACCACUUAUUGACAUAAGAGAAUUGAUUCAAUUAGAUGAUGCCAUGGAGGAUGACGAAUUAAAAUUUGGCCCUAAUGGUGGUCUUGUCUUUUGUAUGGAAUACUUAGUCGAAAAUUCAACAUGGCUAGAAGAAAAAUUAGGCGACGCAGAUGACGAUUAUAUUAUUUUUGAUUGUCCCGGUCAAAUUGAGCUUUAUACGCAUAUGACAGUUAUGCGUCAGUUAAUAACAAUAUUACAAAACAUGAACUUUCGUAUAUGUGGAAUAUUUAUAGUGGACAGUCAAUUUAUGGUCGAUGGGUCAAAAUUUUUAUCAGGCACCAUGGCAGCUUUAAGCGUUAUGAUCAAUCUAGAAAUACCACAUGUUAAUAUAUUAAGUAAAAUGGAUUUAUUGUCAAAGAGCGCAAAAAAACAAUUGGAUAAAUAUUUGGAACCUGAUCCACAUAGUUUAUUAUCUAAUAUGGAAAAUGAUCCAUGGGAUGAAAAAUACCGAAAUCUCACAGAAGCCGUAGGUAGACUCAUUGAAGAUUAUAGUUUAGUUCGUUUUUAUCCUCUGAAUAUUAAAGAUGAAGAAAGUAUCGCCGAUAUAAAAUUAACAAUCGAUAAUAUUAUUCAAUAUGGAGAAGAUGCAGAUGUAAAAAUUAGGGAUUUUGAUGAAUCUUGUAACGAUGAUGACGAUGACGAUGAUGCAAAUGACACGAAUUAUGGUUGAGAAAAUCCUACAUGAUGUAUAUUUUAAUAAAAUGUUUUCUUAACGUU